GGACUUCGGACGGGCGCACGACGAGCUAAGUGACGACGAGGAGUCCUUUCAAUAUCCGGGCACCUCCAGUGCAAGCAAUGCCUUAGUGGAAGGGCCUUCUGGUGGUCAUCAGGACGUUGACUCAGACGACGAGGAAUUCGUCUAUCCUGGCGUUAUCUAUCCUCAAGCGGGGCCUAACGGCACAACACAGCAGGCUGCCGCAGAUCCUGUCCUUGUGUCAGUACCGCUGCCACCACCUCAGCCUGUCCCUCAGCACGCAUCUCCCGCUCAACUAGAAGCUCUCUAUGCUGCAUCUUCUUCUGGAGAUCUUAAGCUGUUGAAGAACUUGUUCCGUAAUGCACUGCAAUCCGAAAACGUCGAAGCUUUUGCACUUGCCAAUGACGCAUCAUCUCGCACCGGCCUUACUGCCCUGCACGCGGCUGCUAGCAGAGGCUACUUGGAUAUCAUCAAGUGGUUGAUGGAGGAUUGCGGUGCUAUGCCUGACCUGGAGGAUAAAGAAGGGGAGACGGCCCUGCACAAAGCCGCGCUCAAUGGUCACUUGUCGAUCGUCAAAUACCUCCUUCCCGACAAGGCAGACGUCCAUGCACGAGAUGCAGAUGGGUGGACGGCCCUGCAUAAUGCGUGUUCCAAGGGCUAUCUGGACAUUGUCAGAUGGUUAUGCGAGAAUGCUGGUGCUGCUACGGAGGUCGAUGGCGUGCGCGGAGUCGACCUACGGAGUAAGGGUGGCUGGACGCCGCUCAGUACGUUCGUUCGUUCGCAUCCACGGCAAUUAUCGCUGACAUAUAGGACUGUAGUGAAUGCAGCUUCCAAAGGACACUUACCUGUUGUGAAUUACUUGCUCAACAAACAGACAGCAAAUCCCCUUGUUAGAAAUAACUGGGGAGAAACCGCGUAUGAUGCUGCGGCUGCUGUCUUUGAAGUGUGGAUAUGCGAGGUCCUGCAGAAAGCCGAGGCCGAGCAAUGGAGAGGGACCACUGUUCUUUAUGAUCCUUUGGCUGUUCACACAACCGUGCCCCUGGUCUUGUAUGAGAAUCAGAGACUCGACGCCCGUCUGAAGACCCUAGCUGUGUCUGGGGGCCGACCGAGAUUCUCUGCCUCAGGUCUGGGGAAGCAGGGCCGUCGUGCACCGUUCGAGCUCAAGUUGCCGAAGCCCGAUGAUUCUGGUAAAAAGGAAAUACCAGCUUGGCGCAGUGAUGUCCAUUUGCCAUUCUUGGAAGAGCCUUUCAAGCUGCCUCCGCCAGUUAAAGAGGAUCCGGCGACUCAGGGAGCAGAGAGAAGCCAUUUCUGGCUGUCAGAUUGGACGCUGGAUGUUACACCUCCCGCGGUAGACGCCGAUGAAGGAUGGCAGUACG